AGCUGACUCGUACGGCCCAGCCCAGGUAUGGAGGCACAUGCCCAGAAACAGCUAAAACACAGCGUAGGGAAUUUCGAUGACUGUUCCUUGCUUAGCCAGGGGACACCAAAAGUGUGGGAGUGUCCACUUCAGGCUGCUACUGUUGGCAGCAGUCAUGUCCGGCAAACAGUACCCACUGGGCUACGACCCGCAGAUCCUGUCAGUGCUGUACGCAACAGAGAACCGGCUGCGGACACGAUGGUUCUUCAAGAAUCUGCACCUACUGCAGCAGAUCAUCGCAGAUGCCCCUCGUCUGGCUGAAGGUGAGGCAGACCGCCGCCUCAGAGAGCUGCAGCAGCCACAGCUACUGCAGUUGCGCACCAGGCCACGCUUCCUCAAAACUGUCCGCAGGCCACCACCACCUCUGCCACCCCCGGACCCUGAGGUUCAGCUGGACUCCAUGCGGCCACCAUCACCACGCACCAAACAACUCAUAUAUUCCCAGACUGGACCAUAUGAAUAUCUGAAAGCCAGAUGCGCAAAGCCCCCAAAUCAUCGGUAUUAUCUUCCCGAGACAACUAACUUCAGUUAUGGUUGGCAAAGUGACGAACUCUAUGCACGUGUGUACAACCCACCUUACGGGCGCAGCACACAAAGUACUCAACAACUAUAUCGAAGGCAGGGAGUCAAACCUGAUUCUCCAUCAAUCAGACCAGCUUUUAUCUUCGUACCGCUUGAAAAACAUUACAUUUAG